UGUUCGUUCUUGGUCGACAGGAGUGCGAUCUGCUAGCCAAGAUGCCCCAGUUCCUUUCCUCGCCAUAGCUGGAUUCGGCUGGUAGCCGGCCCACUCACAUCUAUACCGGCUUUCAGUAUUGCCAUCACGCGCCAUCCUUCCAGGACUUUGAUGUUAUUGUUCUUGGCGUGUUGUGCAGAAGAAAAGGACGCCUAUCUCCAGGCACAAAACCAAGACAAAUCCACCUAACGAUACCUUAGCUACCAGCAACCUAGAUCCCUUGAUGUGCUUAUCUAGUUGACAAUCGGUUCGCUUAGGAUGAUCUUCUCGUUCAUUACUGCAUGCGCAACACAUUAAUCACGUUCUUUUUCCUGACUACAACGUACCUACCUUACCUGCCUGACCUCGCUGCCUUACAUUACCUUACCUAUCACCCUGCCUACUUCCCUUGAUAUCUGGACUGCCUCAUUACUUGGCAGAAAGCAGGCAAGCACUACCGACAGAUUGUGUAACCUACCUGCAUGUCUUCCCCGUAUUCCCUGCUCGUAGCCUAGAUUCUUUUACCCCUCCAUCCUCAGUCUUAAUCAAGCCAGUCCGACCCGGAGUUUUGAUCACAACCAUCAUCAACCCCUCGUCUUUUUUUAUCUACCACCAUCUGGAACAGCGAGGUAUGUAAGACAACUCGCCUCUUCAACCAAGCAAGCGCAAAGAAAAAUUGAGGUCAGAUCGGCUUAUAUCUUCACAAUUCAAAUCGAGCGCCACAGCCACUAUCUAUUCAACCGCAUACCACAUUUUGUAACCUCCGAUCAUUUGGUCCACCGACGUCACGCAGGAGUACUAUACGGCCCACCAGCGACUGGGGGCUCAUCCCAGCGACCGAGACUCGUGGAAUCGAUCCUUUCCUUUUUUCCCAUCUUUUUUCAUCUUUUUUUCUUCUUCUUUUUUUUUCAAAAAAAAACCUUUUUUGCAAAGGCCAACUUACGAGCAACUCUGCGUAAAGAUGCCACGUCCUUUAGCGAUACCGGACAGCUCUGACGAUGAGGGUGCUGUGGACAUGGAUGAAGAUGUUGAUGAAGGUUUUGCCGCGCUUCAAAGAAGCCUCAGUCACAAGCGGCGCGAAGAGGAGAGCAACACUUCGCCAAUUCAGAAGAUCUUGCCGUUCACUUUUGCCCCCAACAUUGGACCCCUUGGCAUAUCCGAUCUUGAUUCCUGCGUUGCGUUGGAAAAUGCAGCAUUUCCAGCGCAUCAUCGCGCCACAAGAGACAAGCUCGAGUACCGACUUACAGCCUGUCCCGAGCUGUGCCUGGGCCUUUACUGCACUGUCGUUCCCAGCAAAGCCAAGGCUUUCGACAUCGAGACUCUUCCCAUGGCGAAACCAGUGGAGACGGAUAGGGAAAACGGCGCUGUCAGCGUGUUGCUCGCCCAUAUCAUUGCGACCGGAUCACAGUCCAGUGUUACCACGGAUAGUGAUAUGGAUUAUCCAAAAGACUGGAAGACAGCCGGCUUUAGAGAAUCCAAAGUUGGACAUCGGGAAAGCAGCCGGACGGUGGCCAUCCACUCUUUAGCGGUUGUGUCUCGACUGCAAGGCUGCGGUCUCGGCAAGCUGAUACUGAAGGCAUAUUUGCAGCAGAUCAACAACUCUGGUAUUGCAGACAGGGUUGUACUUAUUUGCGAGGAUCACCUUGUUGCAUACUACAAGCGAUUUGGGUUCAAGCAUAUCGGCGCAAGCAAAUGCGAAUUCGGAGGUGGAGGCUGGCAUGAUAUGGUAUUUGAACUGGCCGGGCCGCCCAAGAUCGGUCAAAUCUAAGCGCGAUGUUUCUCGUUUAAGGGUGUAAUCGACGCAUGGUGUGUUGAGUGUCUUUUUUUAUUUUUUUAUUAGGUUUGCGCCGGCGAAAUAAAUGGCUACAAGAAAGAGCCAGAGAAAUCGACAGCCCCACAGAGAGCUCCACAGGCAAAUUCACGCCUGGAUACUGAGAGUAAAUACCAGCACAUAAGCACUUUGAUGAUGGCGCUGUGGCGCACGCACUGCAUCAGUUGUUUUCGCCAUUUUCAUUGCAAGAAUAGAAUUUAGAGCUUAGUAUAAGCAUGUUUCUUUGACUCAGUGUUCCAAGUGAAUAGUCCUUUAGCCAGGAAGAGGUGGAUGAGUUU